AUCGUCAAACCCAAAAAAAUAAAAAGAAAGGGAAACAGAGAAGAGCUCUCUCUCUCACUCUCUCUGCAAUGGCCGCUUCUUCUUCCUCCGCCAAAUUCAUCUUCCCACCGUCAAUCUCUUCGUCGUUCCCUUCUUCUUCUUCGCAUCGAUCGAAAUCGAAACUCCUCUCCUUCCUCUCUACCACCGCCGCCGCCGCCUCGCCAAUCUCCUUGAAGCUCUCCCGCUCUCGCUCUCGCUCUCGCUGCGGCCAUGCCCCCCGACGCUCUCCGAUCGUCGCCACUACUCUCAGAUCGGUCGAGUCGGCGGAGGCGCCGCCGUCCAAGUCGAGGGGGGCCGAGCCCGCCGGGGCCGAUUCGGCGGGCAGGCCGACGAUCCUGGUCUCCGAGAAGCUCGGAGAGGCGGGGCUCGAGGUCCUGCGCGGCUACGGGCGCGUGGAGUGCCUGUACGACCUCUCGCCCGAGGAGCUGUGCGCGAAGAUCUCGGCCGUCGACGCGCUGAUCGUGCGGAGCGGGACGAAGGUGACGAGGCAGGUGUUCGAGACGGCCAAGGGGCGCCUGAAGGUGGUCGGCCGGGCUGGGGUGGGGAUCGAUAAUGUGGACCUGCAGGCGGCCACCGAGUAUGGUUGCCUGGUCGUCAACGCCCCCACGGCGAACACAGUCGCCGCCGCCGAGCACGGCAUCGCCCUCCUCGCGGCCAUGGCUCGCAAUGUGGCUCAGGCGGAUGCCUCCAUUAAAGCGGGAAAAUGGGAGAGAAACAAGUAUGUUGGUGUCUCUCUAGUUGGAAAGACGUUAGCUGUCAUGGGAUUCGGUAAAGUGGGAUCAGAAGUUGCGAGACGCUCAAAGGGUCUAGGAAUGACUGUCAUAGCACAUGAUCCGUAUGCGCCGGCUGACAGAGCCCGAGCCAUGGGUGUGGAAUUGGUGUCUUUUGAUCAAGCCAUUGCUACUGCAGACUUCCUUUCUCUCCACAUGCCUCUCACGCCUACUACUGAUAAGAUUUUCAACGACAAUGCAUUCUUGAAGAUGAAGAAGGGAGUUCGCAUCAUAAAUGUUGCCAGGGGAGGAGUUAUUGAUGAGGAUGCACUAGUCAGGGCACUCGAUAGUGGAGUAGUUGCUCAGGCAGCACUUGACGUCUUCACAAAGGAACCCCCACCAACAGACAGCAAGUUGGUUCAACAUCCUAAUGUUACUGUCACACCUCAUCUGGGAGCCAGCACAAAGGAAGCACAGGAAGGUGUUGCUAUCGAGAUUGCGGAGGCCGUUGUUGGAGCAUUGAAUGGAGAACUUGCUGCUACUGCGGUCAAUGCUCCCAUGGUUCCCCCAGAUGUUCUAUCAGAACUGGCUCCUUAUGUGGUACUAGCUGAGAAAUUGGGUCGGCUAGCCGUGCAGUUAGUGGCAGGAGGGAGAGGAAUUCAAUCUGUUAGGGUCAUCUAUACGUCAGCUCGUGACACGGAUGAUCUCGACACUAGACUUCUUCGAGCAAUGAUCACAAAGGGCAUCAUCGAGCCGAUUUCGGCCUCGUACAUCAAUCUGGUCAAUGCAGACUAUACGGCCAAGCAAAAGGGCCUCCGUAUAGUUGAGGAGCGGGUGAGGGUGGAUGCCUCCCCGGAGUCUCCCGUCGACUCAAUUCAAGUUAAGAUAUCCAAUGUGGAAUCUAAAUUCGCCAGUGCAGUCAUCGAGAAUGGAGAGAUCAGCAUUGAGGGGAAAGUGAAGGAUGGGAUUCCUCGGCUUACUUGUGUGGGCUCGUUUGGGGUUGAUGUGAGCUUGGAAGGGAACCUUAUCCUGUGCAGGCAAGUUGACCAGCCGGGCAUGAUCGGCUGCGUAGGGAACAUACUCGGCGAGCAUAAUGUCAAUGUGAGCUUCAUGAGCGUGGGGCGGACCGUGCGUAGGAAGCAUGCUAUUAUGGCAAUUGGUGUGGACGAGGAACCGAAUAAGGAGACCCUCAACAAAAUCGGAGAAGUCCCGGCUAUCGAAGAGUUUGUCUUCCUGAAUCUAUAAUUCAAAUCAUGCUCUCCUGUUGUUGCUGCCAUUUCUAUGAUGAAUAAAGCUACUGGCCGGAGAGGCGAUAAGCUCUGUCCCUAUCAUUGCAGAAGCGGUGGUGGCAGUUGUUUUACCGUGUGUCCCUAUCUAGUCUUAUCCAUCACCUUCUAGUUUUUAGCAUUAACGGUAUUGAGAGUGUGCCAUGGUCGUUUGUUUGUAACCUUCUCAUAUAAUAUCCUGUAGAACUGUAUUUAUGUUCUUGGCUUUCUUCCUCAGAUAUGAAUCAAUGAAGUACUUGUUUUGGG